AUGGGCACGACUAUACCACCUUCAAACCUAAGCCGCUACCAUCUCUGGGUGCCCGCAACUAUCCCCGAAAACGAACCUGCUCACCCAAAGUGGCUACUUGACACCGAACGGUGGAAAAUCUGUGAUUAUGGUGAUGUCUAUAAGGAGGUGCAACGCGACGGCUACGGCAUCAUGUCCUACACCUGGGGUCGGUGGGCUGACUGGGAUAAGCCUGCUGUUGGCGUCCCAGAUAACCUACACUGGUCGGUGCCCACUGUGGAGAACAUGCCUGUAGAGCUAGCUCGACGAGUAGUUGAAAGCAUGCAUCUCCGCUAUGUUUGGUGGGAUUGGAUGUGUGUCCCUCAGGGACGGUCCCUGACGCCCGACCACGAAAAGGCCAAAAGGGAAGAGGUCGGCAAACAGAUGGCUAUUUACGCUGGGGCGAAGAAGAGCCUUGUAUGGCUUCAUUCCACGACGUGGGGCGAAAACUCGGCGGUCAAGCUGUUACUGAAGAACGAGGUGCCAAAGGAUAACCUUGAAAAAUAUAUUUUGGAGCUUGAAAAUCUCGUCAGAGUCGCGCAAGAGAAAGAGCAUUGGCUAAGCUCUGGAUGGACACUACAAGAGGGGGUUCUUCUAAGCGAAGGUAUUCUGCUAGAUCACACAGGUGAGGCAUUGAGAGAUGAUCGAUUCAUACACAACGACGGGUACGCCUCUGUUAUCGACCUUACUGCCGGGCUGACAACGUUUGCGAUCCGAAUUGCUGCGGCUUUUAUGAAGAUUAGCGAGGUGCAUGAUGGUGGUGAUUAUGAUGAAGUGGUCCAGUUCAUCCGUCACUCCAAAGAGAACUACAAAAAGCUUGCCAUGUUCUUGUCCUCUCUUGUGCGCUCAGGGUUAAUUGCAUACACCAAGAGCUCGCCGCUGUACAUCCUAGCCGGCAAGAAAUCACGGUUCUACGGGGUCAAGGAGGACGAGUGCUGGGCGUUACUGGGAGCGCUGGGGAUAGACACAAUUCCUACCCCCCGCCUUAGUGAGGAUAACAAGGACAUUGCGGCACAUGCAUGGCACACACGACUGGCCGACGGCAUGUACCUGCCCCUGGGGAUUUUCUUCGACGUCCACUGGAAGCAAGGUCUCCCUAGACUGUCUUGGGUAGGUCCUCCUUCUGAGAACAGGACGGACGCCAUCCAUAUUCAAACAGAGACUGGGGCGCCGUUUGCCAUGUUACAACUUAGGAAGAACAGCACCGCGCUCUAUCGGGAUUAUGAGCAGGUUCCUACUGACGAUGGAUUCGGAUACAUUCGCGUGCUGCCCGUCGAUGUCUUAGAACCUUCGUCAAUGCUUUACUUUCCGAUCUCGGAUUUGGAAAAGAGGGGCGCUGUGCGAGCCGGACUUUUCCUGGGUGUGAUUGAUAUUUGGGCCGCUGAAGGUCAUCUGGAGGAGAAACACCGCCUAACCAAGUUCUCUUUGUUGAGUGGGGUCUAA